CUAAAAUCUCAUCAGCAUAGCCAAUGGUGAGGGAUAAUGGGAGCUAUAGUUUGGGGCGGAACCUUAGCCACAAGGAUAUUGAAGGAUAACUUGUGUUCUUGAACAGCUUUAGUCCUGUUGCUAUAAUAUGCCACCAAUAUUUCCAUGAAUCAUCUACUCUGUUUAUGUAAUCAGAUUGGUACUCCCAAGAUUACUGUUCUUUAAUGCAGCUGGAUUCAUUGCACAGAAGAUGGGGCUCCCCAUUGAGCUUGUGGCUGUGGUCAAUGACAACGACAUUAUACACAGAGCAAUUCAGCAAGGACAUUUCUCACUGUCGAAGACUGUGAAGUCAACGCUAGCUUCAGCAAUGGAUAUUCAAGAACCUUACAAUAUGGAGAGAAUAUUUUGGCUCUUCUCCGGGUCAGACAGCAAUUUGGUCAAGAGUUUGAUGGAAGAAUUUUAUGUCACCAGAAGUGUCAAACUCCCUCCAGGACUGCACCAAAAGCUCUGUGAACAUCUGCGAACCUCCACAGUAUCAGAUGAAGAAAUUCUCCAUACCAUGACACGCUGUUGGGAGGAUAACCACUACCUUUUGUGUCCUCACACUGCUACUGGUGUUUGCUACCAUUACAAGCACUCAGAUUGCCAUCCAAGCAGUUCCAGGUGCUGCUUGGCUCCUGCUUCCCCAGUCAAGUUUGAAGAUGCUGUUCAUAAAGCACAGAUCUCGCUGGAGAUCUCCCCUGAGAUCCGCAAACUGAAAGAAAUGGAGACCAGAUCUUCCACCCUGAAGAGGGGCGAAGACUGGGCAAGAAUACUUCGGUAUCAAAUAGAAGCAGUUACAAAGCAACAGAAAUCUGUCUAGAGCUGAAUGUUUGCAACUUGGAAUCAGUGAGGCACUUACUCAAUCAAAGUCUCUUUGUGCUCACAAGCGGAGACCUUUUUGCCACUUUUGCUAAAGCUUUUCAGAGUAAAGAAUAAUUGUGUCACAUAAAAUUAAGGAUGUGGAGCCCUUCAAUCCCUUUGGAGAGCUUGCAUGUACCACCUCAGCUCGUAUUUUCAGUGAGCAUGUUAACUUUUGGGUGCUUUGGAGUCCCCCAGAAACAGCAUAGAACAUCGCUGGGUUUUCUGGGCAUCGCUGGGUUUGGGGUUUUUGCCCAUCAAAGUGGUGUCAUCUGCAUAUCUAAGCUUGUUUCUUCCAGCAAAACCUCUACAAACCCCAGGAUUUUUUAUUUCUUAAUUCUCAUUGCCUGUAUACCUUGAGGCUGAAACACGCUGGCACUUCUCAUAGUUUUUUACCCUUGUUUUUAGCCAACAUGUAUUUUGAGAAGCUUUUGCUGUUUGUGGGUUUUGUCCACUGGAUGUUCUUAGUCUCAUUGCCUGUGUGCUACAGUGUGGUUGGGGUCUCUGGACCAUAAUAAAAUUUAUCUAUCUAGAAACCCCAGGAUUUAUUAUAGGAUGAAGCCAUGGCAGUUGAAAUGGUAUCAAAUUGAUAAACUUUGGCGCCUUCUACACUGCCAUAUAAAAUCCAGAUCAUCUGCUUUGAACUGGAUUAUAUGGCAGUGUAGACUCAUAUAAUCGAGUUCAAAGUAGAUAAUGUGGAUUAUCUGCUUUGAUAAUCUGUAUUAUAUAGCAGGGGCCUCUGUUGUGAG